AAAAAAAAACAAUAAAUAAAAGGCCGAAUUGCAGAGACGAGGCUAAUCGGAUAUGGAGAAAUCAGGAGCGGCGCCCACCGGUUGCUACAAGUGUGGCCGCCCUGGCCACUGGUCACGUGACUGCCCUUCCUCUAACACUAACCCUAAUCCUAACCCUAACCCGAACCCUAAUUCUCAAAACCAAUACUCCUCCUUUAACAAAGGCACUGCCUCCAAGCCGCUAGCCAAAUCCUCCGAGAAGCCCAAAAAGGCCCCGAGAACAAGACCCAAUCUCACUCCCGAGCUUCUUCUCUCCGACAAUGGCCUCGGUUACGUCCUCCGCCACUUCCCUGGCGCUUUUAAGUUUCGCGGCCGCGGACAUGAGGUUAGUGACUUGGGGAACCUGAUUGGCUUGUACUCUGAAUGGCACUCUCAUUUGCUUCCGUACUACUCAUUUGAUCAAUUUGUGCACAAGGUGGAAAAAGUGGGCACAACAAAACGUGUGAAGAUAUGUAUCAGAGAGUUGAGAGAGAGAGUCGAAAAUGGAGGUGAUCUGACAAAGUUCCAUGAACCACCUGUUGAACAUGAAGAUUGCCCAAAUCAUGAUCAAGCUACUGAAGAAGUUAUGAACUCAGUGGAUCCAAGCCAUUAUCAGGGAGAUACAUCUUUAAACCAUGAGGAUGUACAAGAGGACAUGCUUCAUGAGGUUUAUAGGAGUGCUACUGAAGAACCAUCUCAAACCUUGGCCAGUGACAUGGUUGCUGGGGAUGUACCUUCUGAAGGUAGCUCCAAGAAAGAAUUACCAAAUCAAGUUCCUGAGAAUGGACCUAUUCGCUCUGAUAUUCAGAUCACAGAAGAGCAAAAAGCUCGAAUGGAAGCUAACAGGCAGAAGGCACUGGAGAGAGCUGCAGCCCGGGUCCGUUUGCAGCAGGCAGUCUAACCUUUCUUUUUUCUUCUUCAUUUUGUGCAUUGCAAAUCCUAUAUUAAAUUUCUGUGUCAAUGUUGGUUAUCAUUCCCACAGUUACAAACGAUAGAGUGGAAUAUAUAACAAACAAUAUUAUUUCUUUUAGGCCUCUGUGUAGCAGUUUCUCAUUUUUAUUUUUUGUAUUUUGUUUUGAACUUCUAGGGGGGAGGUUUCAUUCUUCAAAAGCCUUCCACAUGAUUGAGAAGACAGAUUUCUCCUGUGUUUC